GAGAGCGCCAGGCACCGGGACCAGAGGGACCCGAGAAGCGGCCGGAUCCGGGCUGGACCUUCGCCCGCCUGCGAACCUGCAGCCUCCGCGCCCUCCGCCUCAAGGGCUGGCCGGCGGCUAGUGGCGUCUGAGGAAGUAUUUAAAAUGAAGAAGUUUAAUUUCCGAAAAGUUUUGGAUGGCUUAACUGCCUCUUCCCCUGGCAGUGGUAGCAGCAGUGGCAGUAACAGUGGUGGGGCUGGAAGUGGCUCCGUCCAUCCAGGAGGAACUGCAGGGCUUCCGCGAGAGGAAGUUCAGGAAAGCCUGACUUCAGACUAUUUCCAGAUUUGCAAGACAGUUCGGCAUGGUUUUCCUUAUCAGCCCACAGCAUUGGCCUUUGAUCCAGUCCAGAAAAUCUUAGCUAUUGGAACAAGAACAGGUGCUAUACGAAUACUUGGGAGGCCUGGUGUUGACUGUUACUGCCAACAUGAAAGCGGUGCGGCUGUCUUGCAGCUCCAAUUCCUCGUCAAUGAGGGCGCUUUGGUCAGUGCGAGUUCAGAUGACACGCUUCAUUUGUGGAAUCUGAGACAGAAAAGGCCGGCCAUUCUCCAUUCUCUUAAGUUUAACAGAGAACGCGUUGUUGUUUGCAUAUACUGUAAAAGAACAAUGGGCCAGGCACUGUUAAUAGGUUACGAGAAUGGCACUGUGGUAUUCUGGGACUUGAAAUCUAAAAGAGCAGAACUGAGAGUUUAUUAUGAUGAGGCUAUUCAUUCAAUUGAUUGGCAUCAUGAGGGCAAACAGUUCAUGUGCAGCCACUCAGAUGGUAGCUUGACUUUAUGGAACCUGAAAAGCCCAAGCCGCCCUUUCCAAACCACAGUCCCACAUGGAAAAAGUCAAAGAGAAGGAAGAAAGUCUGAGUCUUGUAAACCUAUUCUUAAAGUAGAGUACAAAAUGUGCAGGAACAGGUAUGUGGUUGUACUAUGUGAAUAUGCAAUAUAUCUGAGGGAAUUUCAAGAACCCUAUGCUGUUGCUGUACUUCUAGAGAAAGAUCUCAUCGUAGUUGAUCUAACACAAACCAAUUUUCCAAUCUUUGAAAAUCCAUAUCCAAUGGACAUUCAUGAGUCACCCGUUACAUGCACAGCAUAUUUUGCCGAUUGCCCUCCAGAUUUGAUUCUAGUACUCUAUUCUAUAGGAGUCAAGCAUAAAAAACAAGGAUACAGUAAUAAGGAAUGGCCAGUCAGUGGAGGAGCUUGGAACCUUGGAGCACAAACUUAUCCAGAAAUUAUUAUUACUGGUCAUGCUGAUGGAACAAUAAAAUUUUGGGAUGCUUCAGCAAUGACACUGCAGAUGUUGUACAAGCUAAAAACUUCCAAAGUAUUUGAAAAGCAGAAGGCAGGAGACGGCAAACAGACGUGUGAAAUUGUAGAGGAAGAUCCCUUCGCUGUUCAGAUGAUUUACUGGUGUCCAGAGAGCAGAAUAUUUUGUGUCUCUGGAGUCUCUGCAUAUGUUAUAAUUUAUAAAUUCAGCAGACAUGAAAUUACAACAGAAAUAGUGUCAUUAGAGGUACGACUUCAGUGUGAUGUUGAAGACAUUAUUACUCCUGAGCCAGAAGCAAGCCCUCCAUUUCCAGAUCUCUCCUCUCAGCUUCCUCCUUCAAGGAGUCUCUCUGGAAGCACUAAUACUGUGUCUAGUGAAGGAGUGACAAAGGACAGCAUCCCGUGCCUCAGUGUUAAAACGCGGCCAGUGCGAAUGCCACCGGGCUAUCAAGCAGAUCUUGUUAUUCAGUUGGUGUGGGUAGAUGGUGAGCCUCCUCAGCAAAUUACCAGCCUUGCUAUAAGCUCAGCAUAUGGAAUAGUUGCAUUUGGGAACUGCACUGGGUUGGUCGUGGUGGAUUUCAUACAGAAGACAGUGCUGUUGAGCAUGGGGACCAUUGACCUCUAUAGAUCAAGUGACCUGUUCCAGCGACAGCCCCGGUCUCCUCGAAAAAACAGGCAGUUCAUUGCAGACAACUUUUGCAUGCGUGGGCUGUCUAACUUUUAUCCUGAUUUAACGAAACGGAUCCGUACUUCCUAUCAGAGCUUAACAGAGCUGAAUGAUAGUCCAGUUCCCCUGGAACUUGAGCGCUGCAAGUCCCCCACCUCAGACCAUGUAAAUGGACACUGCACAAGUCCAACCUCUCAGAGUUGCAGUUCUGGAAAACGUCUUUCCAGUGCUGAUGUUUCAAAAGUAAACCGCUGGGGUCCUGGAAGACCACCAUUUAGAAAGGCACAGUCAGCUGCUUGCAUGGAGAUUUCUUUACCAGUUACAACUGAAGAAACCCGAGAGAAUUCCUAUAAUCGCUCCAGGAGCUCUAGCAUCUCCAGUAUUGACAAAGAUUCUAAAGAAGCAAUUACAGCUUUAUACUUCAUGGAAUCCUUUGCACGGAAAAAUGACUCUACCAUCUCCCCUUGUCUGUUUGUUGGAACUAGUCUGGGAAUGGUAGUACUCAUCUCCCUAAAUCUACCAUCCUCAGAUGAACAAAGGUUUACAGAGCCGGUGGUGGUAUUGCCAAGUGGUACAUUCCUCUCAUUGAAAGGAGCUGUGCUAACAUUUUCCUGCAUGGACAGAACUGGAAGUUUAAUGCAGCCUCCAUAUGAAGUAUGGAGAGAUCCAAACAACACAGAUGAAAAUGAAAAAACCUGGAAAAGGAAAUUGGUCAUGAACUACUCGUCUUCAUCCCAAGAGACGGGAGACCAUCAGUAUAUGAUCAUCUGCUCAGAAAAGCAAGCCAAAGUCUUCUCACUGCCUUCCCAGACCUGCCUUUAUGUUCACAGCAUCACCGAGACAUCNUUCAUACUGCAAGCAGAUGUGGUGGUCAUGUGCAACAGUGCCUGCCUGGCCUGCUUUUGUGCAAAUGGGCAUAUCAUGAUAAUGAGCUUACCUAGUCUUCGCCCAAUGUUGGAUGUUAAUUAUUUGCCACUGACAGACAUGAGAAUAGCANGGACAUUUUGUUUUACUAAUGAAGGACAGGCAUUAUACCUCGUCUCUCCCACUGAAAUUCAACGGUUAACAUAUAGCCAAGAAAUGUGUGAUAAUAUUCAGGACAUGUUAGGAGAUUUGUUUACUCCCAUAGAGACACCAGAAGCCCAAAAUAGAGGCUUUCUCAAGGGACUAUUUGGUGGAAGUGGACAGACAUUUGACAGAGAAGAACUCUUCGGGGAAGCCUCAGCAGGAAAGGCGUCCCGCAGCCUCGCACAGCACAUUCCUGGACCAGGUAGUAUAGAAGGGAUGAAAGGCGCUGCUGGCGGGGUGAUGGGAGAGCUGACCCGAGCCCGGAUUGCACUUGAUGAGAGAGGGCAACGUCUGGGCGAGCUGGAAGAGAAGACUGCAGGCAUGAUGACCAGUGCAGAAGCAUUUUCCAAGCAUGCACAUGAGCUAAUGCUGAAGUAUAAGGAUAAGAAAUGGUACCAGUUCUAACCUUCGAAAGAAGCUGUGACUGCUUUGAGAAACCAUUAUUCAGGGAAACCAAAUUUAUUCCCAGCAUCACUAUUCAACUGCUAGAAGCCAGUUUCUUCUACAAAAUGUUCCAUUAUAGUCCAUCUGAAGUUAUCACAAGGGAGACUUAUCAAAGGCAAAGAUGCUGUACAACAUAAAGACUGGAACCCCGGUUAAACCCAAGAUAAUGGCCGAACUUGUCUUUCCCCGUGUGGAAUGGAUACUAUCAUCUUGGCAUGUCAUUUGCUAAGAAUUCAUGUUUGGAAACUAUGGGGAGUCCUUUUGAUUUGAAAUUUCCUGUACAAACAAAAGCAUUAAUGCACUUAAUGAAAAAAAUUCUUUGCAUGAAAAAUUAACAUCUUAAGAGGAAAAGAAACAAAAGCAUGUUAUAACAGAAGAAAAGGAUUUAUGGCAAACUACUUUCAUGAAUUGGGCCACACCCAACAAUUUUAAAAUCUGCAUUAGAAGAUAUCAGUGCAUUUUAAGUGUGUUUGCCCUACCCAAUUGAAAGGAAUCAAAACAUACCCAGAAUUUUCUUCUCAUCUGAAACUUUCCUUAGUAUACUAGGACAUUCCUGAAUUCUUACAUCAAGAAUCUGAUUGCAUUUUUCUCUCUCUGUAGUAAUUCACAUCAUUUGCAGCUCUCAUUCAUAAUCAAGGAUUGCCAGGAUAGUGAAGUAUCCCCAACACUUGUCAUUCCAUGUCUGCCACCUUCAAGAUGAAUUCCUAGUUUUAGUCAUAAACUGUGCAGGGUUGAAUCACCUCAAAGCAUUUUUUCGGCCUGGUUUAUACUCUACAGAGGAGGUGGCGAUAAGUUUGCAGAAACUAGACUAUAGUAACAGUGCAGUUAGCUUUGAGAACUGAUUUCACAAAGAGUGGAAUUUCACACACCCCAAUUUUAGUUUCCAAAACGAUAUAUUUUUAAAGCACCAUUUGUACCCUUAUCUGCCAAUUACACAGUAUAUUACUGUUCAAACCCAAUAGGGUCUACAAUCCCAAGGUGCUUUUGCAGCCUGAUAUUCACAGACCAAACUGGUCGUUGUCUUUGAAGUGAUUCAGUAAAACCUCAGCUAAUGUUCUAGGAAAGAGAUUCUGACUCAUCACAUUUCUGAUGCACAAGGGCUUUCAUUAGAAACCCUUCUAGGGUUCAGCACUUAUUGCUGGAAACUCUGACGAAAUGUAGAGCUGUUUAGCUAUCCUGGCCACAGUCAUCAAUAUGGGUAACACAAAUCCAGAGAUAAUUUAAUGAUAUAAAAAUCAAUAGCUUUGUCACUAGAUUGAUUAAUAUAAGUCAAAGGCAUGUGUCGGUAAAUUCCAAAUACCUUCUAAAAACUCUCAAGGGUAAAGAUCGGCUCGAGCAUGAUAAAACGGCCCGUCAUGACCCAGCAGAGAAGCACUGCAAGGGAAGACAGAGGAGGAUUCCCACUCGCUCGGUUGAACAUGCUUGGAGGUCAGGGUCACAGGAUGCUCUUCCUGUUUUUUUAAAGUCUUAAAUUAUGUGAUGCGUUCAUUGGGCUUUGAGGUCUUACUGGAUUUACAUUUGUGUUUAAGAUAUGGACACUUCCUUAAAUCCAACUUAAUAGACAAAGUUAUUCUUUUCAUUUGUCUUUUAUUUGUGUUUGAAGUGGUGCUUCCUUUUAAUUUUUCUCAGUGAUUUUGAAGAAAAAGCAAAGACGAUUAAAAGAACCAGAAAAUGCACACUAGAGUAGCGUUUAUCAGAGUCCUUAAAUUCUGGUUUCUUAAAACUGUCUGUAAAUCUGCCUCCUGUUAUAGCAUGACUAUAAGAGGACUUGGCUUGGAAAUAUAUACACACAAUAUACACAGACAAUAUAUACAGUAAAAUAUUAACAAAAUUUAAAGCCAGGACCUGGAAAACAUUGGCAGCCAAAUUACAACACAAAAUGUAUGAGAUCUCUUUUUAAGGACCUAAGUUUCUGAUUUUUAACAUUUUUGGAAUUUUUGUUGUUGUUUGUGUGGGGGGUGUUUGA